AGAUAAUUUUGUAAUAAGGUAAGAAGGUUCCAUCAUUUAGCUAUAUUUGGGAGAGUUGGAAGUAUAGUGUCCUUUCCUUUCUUGAACUCGAGCCAGCAUUUUAUUCAGAUUUAGUUGAGAUGGCAAGACAGAAAAUAAAGAUAAAGAAAAUUGAUAAUUUAACGGCGAGGCAAGUGACGUUUUCUAAGAGAAGGCGAGGGAUAUUCAAGAAAGCUGAAGAGCUUUCAGUACUGUGCGAUGCUGAGGUUGGUCUCAUUAUUUUCUCAGCUACUGGGAAGCUCUUUGAAUACGCCAGCUCCAGUAUGAAGGACAUAAUUACAAGGUAUAAUCAGCACUUACAUGACACCAACGAAUCGGACAGAUCCCAAAAGCUGCAGCUAGAGCAUUACGUUGAAUUGAGCAAGGAAGUAGCUGAUAAAACCCAACAACUAAGGCAGAUGAGUGGUGAGGAUUUUGAAGGGCUAAAUUUAGAUGACUUAAAGCAACUGGAGAAAACACUUGAAACAGGACUCGAGCACGUGGUUGAGACUAAGGAAACGCGUAUUAUGGGUGAGAUCAUUGCACUUCAGCAAAAGGGAAUCAAGUUAGAAGAAGAGAACAGGAAGCUAAAGCAAAAGACGGCUAUGCUGUGGAAGGGAAAAAGUUCUCUACUGGUGGACUCGGAUAUUACCAUGCAAGAAGUUGUGUCAUCAGACUCUAUAAACGUGUGUAGCUGCAAUAGUGGCCCUUCUCUUGAGGAUGAUUCCUCUGACACAUUUCUUAAGUUAGGGUUGCCCUUCCCCAGUUGAAAUGGGAGGAUGUAACAGUGAGGGAGUCUUAGAUUUCGUGAUUGUAAAUUUUGGAUGAAGAUUCACUAACAUUUCUGAAAAAACCGAACAGAGGUGCAUGCAGUUCUCAUCCAAUUGUCCAUGUUUAUUAUAAG